UAUUAAACUGCGUUUUAGCCUCAAAUUCACGGGUCUUCAAUAUUGAAUUCCACAACUGUGACCUGACUGUACCUGCGUGAAAUCCUGUAUUUCCCGAUAAUAGGAUUUCUGUACCGCGAUACCGUACACUGAAUUCAGACGGAAAGAUUUAUGGAGAUAAUUUUAUGCGACGUGAAAAGUCGAAAUGACCUGAUGCUAAACCGGGUGCCAUUUGGUAGACACAAUUUCAAGCUAAUUCAACUGAAAUUGCUAAGUUAUUGGAAAUGGCUGGCGUAUUCUUAAAUGGAUACAUUUGUACUCAACUACAGUUAGCGCCCCUCUAAAUCCCGGCUUCAGCCCGCCCUAUUUAGUUUGAAGUAAAGGUGGACGCCACCUUUGAGUGUCUCCACAAGCGCAAGCUGCUUUGCUGUCCGGAAGAAAAACGAAGGAAGAGAAACCUUGCUAAAUUUGCUUUUCAUUUGAACUCCACGUCAUGGCAAGCUCAGAGCUUUACACGAAGCAUGCCCGUGUAUGGCUCCCGGACGCCGUGAAAGUGUGGAAGUCAGCGAAGCUACUCAGAGAUUACACUCCUGGUGACCAGACAUUAUUUCUACUGCUGGACGAUGGCACUGAGGUGGAAUACGAAGUAGACCGCCGAACAAACAACCUUCCACCACUAAGGAACCCCAACAUCCUGGUCGGGGAAAAUGACCUCACAGCUCUCAGCUACCUCAAUGAACCGGCAGUCUUACACAACAUCAAAGUGCGCUUCAUCGACUCCAAGCUGAUUUACACGUACUGUGGCAUUGUUCUUGUUGCCGUGAAUCCUUAUGAGAAUUUGCCUAUCUAUGAGGCUGAUAUCAUCCAUGCCUACAGUGGGCAGAACAUGGCUGACAUGGACCCCCAUAUCUUUGCCGUGGCCGAAGAAGCGUACAAACAGAUGGCCAGAGAUCAACAGAACCAGUCCAUAAUAGUGAGUGGUGAGUCAGGAGCCGGAAAAACCGUCUCUGCUAAGUAUGCCAUGCGUUACUUUGCUACAGUCAGCGGCGCCUCAAGUGAGGCUGAUAUUGAGGAGAGAGUCUUGGCCUCCAAUCCCAUCAUGGAGGCUCUUGGGAAUGCCAAAACAACAAGGAACGACAACAGCAGUCGCUUUGGGAAGUACAUUGAGAUUGGGUUUGAUAAGAAGCAUCGUAUCAUUGGGGCUCACAUGAGGACCUAUUUACUGGAAAAGUCAAGAGUUGUUUUUCAGGCCCAUGGAGAACGGAACUAUCACAUAUUUUAUCAGCUAUGUGCCUCCUCUCAUUUACCAGAGUUUAAAACCUUCAAAUUAGGUGAAGCAGAUGAUUUCCACUACAGUAACCAGGGUCACAAUCCAGUUAUUGAUGGAGUGGAUGAUGCCAAAGAUAUGUGGAACACAAGGAGAGCUUUUUCACAAUUAGGAAUCGGUGAAAGCAAUCAGAUGGAAAUGUUCCAGAUUCUGGCAGCUAUUCUUCAUCUUAGCAAUGUAGAAGUGAAAGAUCAUUCAGGGGACAGAAGCAGCAUUUUGCCAGACAAUGCCGACUUGGUGGUGUUCUGUGAGUUGAUGGGGGUGCCCUGUGAAGAAAUGGCCCACUGGCUCUGCCACAGGAAACUCCAGACGACCACAGAAACAUACGUCAAGGGUGUCUCCAAGACCAAUGCGGUCAAUGGCAGAGACGCCCUUGCUAAGCACAUUUAUGCAAGACUUUUCAGAUGGAUUGUAGGCUGUAUAAAUAAUGUGCUCAAAUCAGCAGUUAAACAACACUCAUUUAUUGGCGUUCUGGACAUUUAUGGGUUUGAAACAUUUGAUAUCAAUAGCUUUGAGCAGUUUUGCAUAAACUAUGCCAAUGAGAAGCUCCAGCAGCAGUUCAACCUUGUAUGUUUAUUGUUCUACAUCCUUUAUUGUCUAGUCAAAACGUGUGUAAAACACUGCCGCCACUUAUGCCUUCAGCAUGUCUUCAAACUGGAGCAAGAAGAGUACAUGAAAGAGCAGAUUCCGUGGACCCUGAUCGACUUCUAUGACAACCAGCCAUGCAUCAAUCUCAUUGAGGCCAAGUUAGGCAUCCUGGACCUUCUGGAUGAGGAGGGCAAAAUGCCCAAAGGCUCUGAUGGCACAUGGUGUCAGAAAAUGUACAACACCCUGUUGAAGCAGAACGCUCACUUCGAUAAACCGAGGUUAUCAAAUCGAGCUUUCAUCAUCCACCACUUUGCAGACAAGGUGGAGUACCAUUGUGAUGGUUUCCUAGAGAAAAACAAGGACACAGUCAAUGAGGAGCAAAUACAUGUGUUACAAAAAAGCAAGUUUCAUUUCUUGCUGAAGCUGUUUGUGGGAAAUGAAAAGGCAACAAGUUCCACCAACAGAUCUACUACCAGCAUUACGGGAAGAUUUGGUCUGUCACAGAGAGGUAAUAAGAAGACUGUGGGACUGCAGUUUCGACACUCUCUACACUUGCUGAUGGACACGCUUAAUGCUACGACUCCUCACUAUGUACGGUGCAUUAAACCAAACGACCAUAAAGUGCCAUUCAGCUUGGACCCUUUGAGGGCAGUGCAGCAGUUGCGAGCAUGUGGGAUCCUGGAUACAAUCCGAAUCUCGGCAGCUGGAUUCCCAUCAAGAUGGACCUAUCAGGAAUUCUUUUGUCGUUACCGGGUCCUUAUGAAACAAAAGGAUGUGCUUCCUGAUGGAAAACUGACCUGCCAAAAUCUCCUGAAAAAGCUCAUCCGGGACCAGAACCUGUAUCAAUUUGGUAAAAACAAGAUCUUCUUCAGAGCUGGCCAGGUGGCGUACUUGGAAAAGCUGCGUUCUGAGCAGCUACGCAGGGCUUGUGUCAGCAUCCAGAAGACUAUUCGAUGUUGGCUGGCACGUAAAAAAUAUCUGAGGAUGAAGCAAUCUGCCAUCACCCUUCAAAAACAUGUGCGCGGUCACCAGGCACGCUGUUAUGUUCAUUUUCUGCGGAGAACCAAAGCAGCUGUUGUCAUUCAGCGCAAUGUUCGAAUGUGGGCGGCCAGAAUACGCUACCAAAAGCUGCGCUCUGCAUCUGUUGUCAUUCAGUGCUUCUUCAGGGCGUAUGUAGCCAGAAAGCUGUACUAUAAGAUUUUGUAUGAAGAGAAGGCUUUGGUCAUCCAAAAGUGGGUGAAAGGCUGGCUGUCCAGGCAGCAUUAUCAACGCACUCGAACAAACAUCAUACUGCUGCAGUCCUGUGUGCGUCGCAUACUGGCCAAGAAGAAGUUAAAGAAGCUCAAAGUUGAGGCACGCUCUGUGGAGCAUUUUAAAAAUCUCAGUGUUGGCAUGGAGAACAAAAUUAUGCAGUUGCAACUCAAGAUAGAAGAGCAGCACAAAGACGUCAGAGAGCUCAAUGAGAGAUUGAAUGCCGCGGCGAAGACCCAAGAUAUAGAGAGAGAGCGACACUGCAAAGAGUUAGAAAACCUUCAGAGAUCAGAGAAGAAGACCAGAACCAAGGCAGAAGCGCUCCCCUCACUAAUGGAGCAGCUCUCCUUCCUUCAGCAGGAGCUGGAGAACACCCGUAAACAAAAAGAAGUCCUGGAGGAUCAGAACAACGUUUACAAGGAGCAGACACAACAGGUGGUAGAGGAGCUAAAUAUGAAGAACAGCUUGCUGAAUGAUGAAAAGGAUAACCUUAUCAAGCUCAUCCUGGAACAAAAACAACAGAUAACAGAGAUUAAAGCCCAGGUGGAAAACACAGAAAAACUACAGAAAGAGUUAAUUGAAGAGCGCUCCCGGUACCAAAGCCUACUAUGUGAGCACCUACAUCUACAAGAGCUUCAUAAAGACCUGAAGGAGGAACUGGAACUCAGACUGAGUCCAAGCAAGAGGUCAGAAUCCAACUACACCAGUAACUCCUCUGAAUGUAGUCCAAUGAUUGCCUCUACUAAUGGACAGGACAGUUCACUGGACAAAGUGGUGUCAUUAAAUUGCUUCAGUUUGGUUCAAUAUGGGGAAGACUGCAGACUUGACAACUGGCCAGAAGACCCUCAUUGGAAGGAGACCCCCUCCACUGUUGACCUGCCACUCAUUCUCAAGCUCCAGAGAAGAGUGAGAGAAGUAGAGAAGGACAAACAGUCGCUACAGCGGCAGUUAGAUGAGAAGGAAGCCCAAGAGGAAGAAGCCAAGGACAUGGAGGAGGAGAUAAGUGUCGGCAGAGCAGAACUGGAUUUGGAAACGCUUAAGCGUCAAGAGCUGGCGUCUGAGAAUAAGAAGUUGAAGCAGGACUUGAGUGAAUUGCGUAAGUCUCUAACCAAUGAGAACAGCGAGCUGAUGCCCCCUCCUGUGGGCUCCACGACAUACAAUGUACUGCUGGAACAACUCAACUCUUCUAACGAGGAGCUGGACAUGCGAAAGGAGGAAGUGCUUCUUCUACAGUCACACAUAGUCCGCCAAGAAGCUAUGAAAUACAAGGACGCUGCACUUGCAGAGGGUGUGAGUUUAGACCUUAGUGAUGUUCCCUCAUUUCAAGAUGUUGACAGGUCCACUGACAUCCAUACGUUGAAUGAGGAUGGAGAGCUGUGGCUGGCUUACGAAGGCUUGAAGGAGACCAACAGGGUACUGGAGUGCCAGAUGCAGAAGCUGGAGAUGCAGCACAGUGCAAGGUAUGAGAAACUGCUGGAGGAGGUGAACAUGCUGAAGGAGGAAAAGGAGCAGCAGCAGAAGCUGUUGGCUCAGACUUUGCAACUGCCUGAAGAUGCUCGGAUUGAAGUGGGUCUGGAGCUCGAAAUCACUCGGCUCACUCAAGAAAAUCUGGAGCUCAUGGAGCAACAGGACAAACAAGACAAGACAAUUGUCAAUUUGAAAAAUGACCUUCAACUGUACAUGAAAAGAGUAGAAGAGUUUCAAGCUCAUCAAAGGAAAACAUCCAUUGGGACAAAUUCUCCUGCGAAAGGAGCGAGUAUUCCUCGCAAGGAGAGGGAGUACCAGGGAAUGUUGGAGUACAAAGAGGGUGAAGAAAGCCACCUGGUUAAAUGUCUGGUUUUAGAUCUGAAGGCCCGAGGAGUCGCUGUCAGGUUCCUUCCUGGCCUUCCUGCUUACAUAAUUUUCAUGUGCCUGCGAUACGCUGACAGAGUUAACGACGAUCAGAGAGCUAGCACGCUGCUCAAUUCGGUGCUGUGCAGCAUCAAAGGAGUCGUUAAGAGGAGAGGAAAAGAUUUUGACGUGUCGUCUUUCUGGUUAUCGAACACAUGUCGACUACUUCACUGUCUAAAACAGUAUAGCGGAGACGAAACGUUCAAGACGCACAACACUGUGAAGCAGAACGAGCAUUGCUUGACCAACUUUGAACUGACGGAGUACCAGAAUGUUUUUGCUGACCUAGCUGUCCAAAUUUACCGCCAGCUCAUUAAAAGCAUGGAGGACACCUUGCAGCCCCUCAUCGUGUCAAGCAUGUUGGAGCAUGAGACAAUCCACGGGGUCCUGGGCUCCAAACCAACAGGUGUGAGGAAAAGGAGCUCUAAUUCCCCAGAGGAAGAUGCUGUUACGGUGGAAGUCCUCCUGCAGCAGCUUGGGCUCUGGCACACCACCAUGAUUAAGCACGGGAUGGACUCUGGACUCAUUAAACAGGUGGUUCGGCAGCAGUUUUACAUCAUAUGUGCCGUCACCCUGAACCACCUGCUGCUCAGGAAGGACAUGUGCUCAUGGAGCAAAGGGCUGCAGAUCAGGUACAAUGUGUGGCAGUUGGAGGAGUGGCUGGUGGAGCUGGAGCUGACUGAUUGCGGUGCCAAGGAAAUGUUGGAACCUCUCAUACAGGCCGCACAGCUUUUGCAGGUCAAGAAGAAGACUGAGGCCGACGCUCAGGCUAUUUGCAGCAUGUGCACGGGCCUCACGACUGCACAGAUUGUUAAAGUGUUGACCCUCUACACGCCAGUGAUUGAGUUUGAAGAGCGCGUGACCACCACUUUCAUUGCGACCAUUAAAAACAUCUUGAAAGACAGAGAGGAGUCGUCCACGCUGAUGAUGGACGCCAAGAAAAUCUUUUCUGUAACGAUUUCCUUCUCGCCCUCCUCUGUGGCGCUGGAGACCAUACAGAUCCCUGCUAGCCUAAAUCUGAACUUCCUCAACCGUAUCUAGAACCAGCCUUUUACGCACGCACAUGCACUCGCUCACAUACGCAGUAUUUUCAUGUUUAUCAUGUAUUAUUUUCAUGAUAGUUAGUGCUUCACUUUUUUGAUUGAAGUGCCAAGUAAAUAUAAAAAGUCUACUGUAUUUAAGGAAAUAUGUGCAACUCUCCUGUUACCAAAUGUGCUAAUAAUGGUGUAGAAAUUACUUUUGCUCUGACGCGUACAUUUAACUCCAAUGUUGAAAUGUGGUUUACUACCCUGACUUCCAUGCUGCCAACGAAGGUUCAGUCCCCAUUCAGUGAAUGGUUGUCUGUCCCUGUGUGUCCUUUGAUUGACCGGUGACGUGUCCAGGCCUCCAGGGUGUCGUCUGUAGUCUGUAGUCUAAAGUCAGCUGCUAUAGACUCCAGCUCACCUAGACCCUCAACAACAGAAAUGAUAUAGAAAAUUAAUUGGUGGACUCUAUGGACAUUCUAGUAUAUACAUUUUUACGUUUAAUGGAUAAGUAGUAGAAAUAUUGUUAUAAUUAACUGUAUAAUCUUGAAUUUAGUUUUUCAAGUACCUGCCAUAUAAAGGGAAGGAAAGUGAAAUCAUUGGUGUUAUAUAUGACAUAUAUUGAGUAUAUAAAGAUACAUUUUUAAGAAGGCGACCUGGCAUCCUGAUGAUUUUUCUUCCCAUGCUGUGUCACUUGAAUUUGUCAUUACCAGCGUUGCCUUCCUGUAUAAUUCAACCCCUAAAUCAUCCAGGAAAUGAACAUGACAAAUGUCAUCGGACUGGUUCGCACACUCCAAAACGCUUAUGAAUGUCUGUUACCAAACAUGAAAAAGUUGUUGAGUAUUGAAACAUCUCUCAAAAGUUGGAUUUGUAGUGAUUUAACAAGGCAAAACUAACCAACAUGAAAAACGCCACUACAAUAGAAAACAAUAAAUCACCACUUGCUUGGGACUU